UAAGGGAGAGCAUAGGUGUCAGGUACAGCUAAUGGGGGUAAUUUUACCCAGUUCCAGCCCAGAUCGUUUGCUCGGGUCUGAAAGGUGCGGUGCCGGCCGCAAACGAUGCCACGCGUGCAACGUGCAUCUACGUUGUAUUGCGUUAAUGACUUGUUUUUUUUACGAGUAGUGCUAAAAGUGUACGAUCUGUGGUGUGUGCAAACAGAGAGGGGGCUGUAAGGUGUGUAUCAGAUGAGUCUGUGGCCGUGUGUGGGAAAACUCCAUACUGCGCCGGUAGAGUGCACUCCGCUCUUGACAGAUCCGGUUUCCCCCCUGUAAAUGAAGUGUGCGCAGGGUACUCAAACCGCACCGGCUCUGAGGUUGGAAAAGCUCCCCGUGCUCGUUUUCCUCGCCGGUGACAGUGUUUGAAUGCGGGGAUCCGCUGCCUGACCGCCAGUGUGGGUUUCGGGAAAACAUCGGAGGACGCAUUGGUUUAAGGAUGGAAGUAUGGGUGAAGUUGACGCUUCUGUGCGGCUGCUGCUUCGGAGCGAUCGCGGACUUUGACGGCAGGUGGCCGCGGCAGAUGGCGUCCUCCAACGGCCUGUGUCGUUAUGGAGCCCGCAUCGACUGCUGCUGGGGAUGGACGCGGCGAUCGUGGGGACACUGUCAGCCUCUCUACGUCUUAACACACAGAAUAGUCGGGAUAAGGUGCCAGCCUCAAGGUUCGCUCCAGGAAUGUUGUUUGGUCAGUCGCCUGAUUCAUGACCCCUGUCGUUCACUCCCAUUCUGUUAUGUCCCCUCCUUUCUCCUUCGAGAAGAUGAGCAGGAGUAUGUAACUCCUCCAGUAUGGGACGGACACCCUCCCGUCUUUUUCCCCGUGGACCUCCCACCAGCAGGGGUCCUUCCUCCACAGGACCUGAACGAGUGCGGCCUGAAACCUCGACCCUGCAAACACCGCUGCAUGAACACUUACGGGAGCUACAAGUGCUACUGCCUCAAUGGCUACAUGCUGCUGCCCGACGGCUCCUGUGGAAAUGCACGUACCUGCGGCAUGGCCAACUGUCAGUACGGCUGUGAGGUGAUGAAGGGGGAGGUGAGAUGCCAGUGUCCGUCGCCAGGGUUACAGCUGGGCCCCGACGGCAGGACCUGUGUAGAUGUGGACGAGUGUGCUGCGGGACAGGGGGUGUGUCCCCGCUUCCGCAAAUGCGUCAACACCUUCGGGAGCUACAUCUGCAAGUGUCAUGACGGGUUCGAGCUGCAGUACAUCAACGGCAAAUACCAGUGCACGGAUGUGGACGAGUGUGCCACCGGCCAGCACCAGUGCUUCCGCUCGUCCGUCUGCUACAACACACCGGGGUCCUACAAGUGCAAGUGCAAGGAUGGCUUCCGCGGGAUUGGCUACGACUGCAAGCCUAUUCCCAAGGUGAGCAUUGACCCCCCCAGACCAGGAAAAAACCCCCCGAACAACAAGAUCCCAGACUACAACGAUAAGAAGCCGCCCAUCACCGUCCGUCCGCCCGCCACGCCCAAAUCGAUCACCACCAGCAUUCCCAGUACCACCAAGAAGCGGGUCAUUCCCACCCCCAAGCCGCCCAUAGUCACAGUCAGACCGGCGGUUCCCACGCAGAAGCCGGUGGUUCCGACCCGGCGUCCCGCCCCCGCACCCACGCCCCCCCGCAAGGUCCCGGUGACCCCCACUCAGCCGGCCCCGACUCCCAAGAGCACCACGGUGGACAACAGCAUCCAGAAGGAGGUCACCUCCAAGCCCAGAGGGGAUGUUCACAUUCCUCGGAAUCAGGGCCAAAACAACGUUUUGGGGUUCGAUUACGACAUCGAGUUGGGCAACACCGCAGAAGAGGCACACGACGACCCUGAUGCCGGUUUCCUGAGCUGCACCUUUGACGACGGGAUCUGCAGCUGGAUCAGCGACAAGGAAGGGGAUCAGCACUGGGAGACCACGGAGGACCCCUCAGGAGGGAAGUACCUGACCAUCCCCGAGGUGUGGGGCCGGCGGAGUGGGCGUGGGGCGCGGCUGGUCGUCCCGCUGGUGGCGCCCUGGGACGCCGGGGACCUCUGCCUGUCGUUCCGGCACAAGCUGUCGGGGCACCACGUGGGCGUCCUACAGGUCUUCCUGAGGAAGGCCCAGCAGCACAGCCCGGCUGUCUGGGGCCGCACGGGGGGCCAUGGCUGGAGGCACACGCAGAUCACCCUGUGGGGAGUCGGCUUGGAAAGCGUGAUCCUGAAGGGCGAGCGGGGGAGGAACCGGAGCGGUGAGAUCGCGCUGGAUGACAUAAGCCUCCGGAGAGGCGCCUGCACGGAGGAGCAUAGCCCAAGGAGACUGUAAUGGGGGGGGGGGGGGGUACGAACUCCAAAAAAAAAACAAAACAAAGAAAAAAUGCAACACUGCCCCCCUCGCCUGUAUAACCCGAGCCCCUGCAGGCCGAAGAUGCCGCAUUCCACCGAAAAGAAAAGGAUGAUGUCAAGCUUCAGGCACUCUGCCCCCCCGCCCCUCCCCACCCUGGCCCCCAUUGUGCUUGUCACCUGACCCGCGGUGUUACAAGACCGAGCAAGAAGAGUCCGAAAAUCCGGUGACAACACGGCACCCCUGCGUCUGAAACGUGUCCGAGCCUCGCUCGUUUCCGCGCUCUUCCCCCGUAGUCUGCUAGCAGACGGCGCCACCGCAGGUUGCCCCGAGCAUGGCCGCGUCCGAAGACAAGCGCCCACGGAGUUGCGGUGCCGGCUAUGUUUGACCGUGGGUUAGGCAUCUGACCGCGAAACAUCUAACUGUCGUUAAAUCCACGGAAUGACAUUGCAGCGAUACGAUUGCCGUCUGACAUGCGCUUUUGUUUUAAUUUUGAGGCUAGUCCCAGAAUUCCUUGAAAUUACCAUGUUAACGGCAGUGUUAUUCACUGGCGUCAGUGAAAGUUUUGUGCCGAUAUCACGCAAGAAGAUUCCCAGCAUGAAUUUGAUUUCCUGAUCACUCAGACUCCAUGCUUUGACCAAGUGCUUAACAAAAACAAAGAAAAUGUAGAAUUUUCCAAAGCAUAAUUGGCCGAACAGCUUAUAAAGCAUGUUCAAAUUUUCGGCAGAAUAUGGUGUGUUUGCAUGUUUUGCUUUUUUUUUCAUAUUCAGAGUUGUUUCACUAUUUUUUUAACACAUUUCAAUGACAGUCUGACUCAGACUGUACUGUACCAUAUCUGUAAUUUCAGAAUCGACUUUGUUUUUCGUGUUUAUUAUUAUGAUAAUAUUGGUCUUGAAUUAUUUUCAAGUAAUGAAAGGUAUGUUAUUGUAAAUGUAGCCAAAAUGUGUACGUUUCAAUAGAUUAAUGCUUCUAUAAGGAAAUGUGGUGUAUUACUAUUACAUGAAGUAUUGAUCUGGAAGUAUCGAUUAUCCUUGUAAUGAAAGAUGAGUGUUGAAGGUGGAAGGAGGUGUGGACUUUUCAGCCAAGCGCCUUUUUAAAUGAUGACCUUUGCACCCCACAUUAAUUUCGAACCUCCUUCCACGUUUGAAUUUUAUUUAAUGGAUAGCUGUAUAAUUUCACACGAUUCGCUUUAUGCCACGGUGCUUGGUUUUCGACCGAUUCUUCAGUUAUUCUCGAUCGCGUGACUCGUAGAUUUUGCAGGAUUAGUGUUUUCCGUCUGAUUCACUGAAACCGAGCCGUUCGGGGUCUCGUUCUGGAAUAUUCCACAGCACAGUACGGUGCAGCUAAACAAAAAACUGCUACUUCCAGUAGUUAAAGAAGGAAACACCACCCCGUUUAGAAAAUCUUUACUAGCGUCCAUCCAUUCCUGACAUCCUCAGAAAAUCACCCUGAAAGGUACUGUACACUUUUCCUGCAGAUUUUUAAUCAUUUAUCACUUCAAAGGCUGUCAAUUAAAGUAUAAUUAUGCACCUGAUUUUUUUGUGCUUUGUGCUAUUGAAGCUAAUUCAUCCGGUUGGAUUUGAAAAGUCUCUGCAGAUUCAUUAUUUAUUUGCAUAAACUCCCGGGGCUAGGGAAAAAUACCUCUGCAUGAUUAAUUAAAAUGCAUUAUUUGUAUGACUUUUAUACUAUUAUAUUCUAUAACACUCAUGCUGACAAUAUGGGAAGGAUUCCAAAUAUAAAAAUUUAAUCACAAA